CACUAGCAAGCUUCAAAGAAUCUCAAGGCAACGGAGGGUUUUUGGGAAGUGAAUCCGCCAAAAUUUUAUUUAUCGUAUAUACUAAAAGUGAUACGAAUGAGUCGGACAAUAAUGAAAGUCAAAUUGCGGAGGCCUUGAAUAAUUUUUUUCAAAUUUACGAUCCUCAUAUGGUUACACAGUUUGACUUUUAUAUUUGGCGUAUAAUAAAUCGUACUGGGCUUCCUUUUCAAUCACGAAAAUCAGAAAUCUCAUGUUAUAAUAAUAAAUAUAUACAAGUUCAUCAGGAAGAAGGAUGGACAAAGGAGGAAAUAGAUAAUGUAGAUAUCGGGAAACUUUACGCUUCAAUAGUCACAUGGGAAAACAUUAAAUCUUCCAAUUAUAAUUGCCCAUUACUUUCUUUUAUUAUUGAUCUCACGCGUCCACAAAAAGAAUUACGAAAAGCACUUGGUUCAAUAAUAUAUGAAAAAAUUACACGAGUUCCAGAUAUGUAUUUUAAAUCUUGUUCAGAUAUCGACAAUCUUGUCAAAAAGUUUUUUAACGAUAAGAAAAGAUGGAAUUAUGAUGAUUUUGGUUCUGUUGAGGAUGAUGACAAGAAUCAACAAUUUUAUUUUUUUGUACGUGACAUCUGUAAACAUAUGAGUGCAUCAAAAUCUAAAGCAUCAAAAUAUCGAAAAGAAGUAAAUGCGAGAAUACCAGACUUUUAUUGUUUCUUAAAAUUAUUAAAUAUAACUCAUGAAUUACUAUACGAAGAAACAUCGGGUGGUCCUUUUUUUGAAGAUGCUGACAAAUAUCAAAAUGAUUUAUAUAAACUUUUCCGAUUUGGUCAUGACUCAAAAAUUAAACUUGGAAUGGACUUAAUAGUAAAUAAUAUAAGAUAUUUAGUUAAUGAUCAUGAAGAACUGUGGAAACAACUUGGAGAAAUUGAAAACUUUCUUUUGCAAGCACAUGGCGUAUAUUUAAAAGUUUGUAUUUUUGAUCAACCAAGUCUGCCAUUUUGUCGAGCACGUGAAAUUUAUAAUCUUCGAAUUCCAUAUGAAGAAACUGAAGAUGUUGGCUUUAUAGCUAAAUAUAUUAAUAAUUUGUGGAAUAUUCAUUUGGGUCUAAAUGCAUCCUCGACAACACUUGACAAAAUUUGCAAAACUAUUUUGCGAAGACAACAAGAACCUAUCAGAAUUAUUGAAGAUUCAACAAUAUCACAUUUUCCUAUUUUAAAGUAUAAAACAUUUGAAACACCUUAA